ACUAUUGUGCAUACAUCUCUAAUUCCCAUACCUUUUCGCCAAGAGUUCUUGAUUUUCAUAGGUGCUAUGGAUCCUAAUGGCUCCUAUUCUAACAAAGUCAUAUCUACUGAAAGUGAGGCCAAUGGAUCUCUAUCAACACUACCUCCUAAGUUGCCCGAUGCACAAGUUACUCCUUUACCCAUGGCCAACACCCUUACUUCUAAGCCUAACCAUAGUGGAAUCUUUGAGAACCACCAUGAAAUGUUACCGUACCAAGCUUUCUUGUCAAAUCCUAUUAGCAACUAUCUUGGUACAUCAGACCAAAUGAGGAUAUCGUCGAUGGAGUCUCCAUCAGUGACAUCCUUACUGCAAGGAGAUCCCCUUGCCAUUGUUCAUGCACACCUUAAUACUAUUGGAGCAACAAAUGAUGGUCCAAUCUUUGAGAUCCCCACCAGGCAUGUUAUCGAGGGGCAACAGAAUAUACCAUGUGGAACGCUAACCCAUGAUGCUACUGAUGGUGUACCUACCCUUCUUGCUCCAUUCAUGGCAUCCCCACAUGGUGUGAGAGAAGACAUAAUUCCUAUAGGUGUCCCAAAUGUCACCACUCAUAGUGUUAUCGUGCAUGAUUAUACGAGCUUACCUAAGUACACUUGCAAGAUUUGCAAUCGCACGUUCUACUCAUCUCAAGCCUAUGGAGGUCACAUGAGUUCCCAUAGCAAAGAAAAUAAGAAAGCUUACAAAGUUGAUCUUCCCAGCAAGCCAGACAUCUCAUGAUUACGACUCUUGGGUCACAUAUUUCUACUAGCGCAAAAAUGGAUGAAGGCAUAGAGCUUCAAUUGCAAGUGGAGGAAAUAAUUAUGAUUUAUUUUAUUUUUUAGAACUAAUAUAUAUCAAUAAAAUAGCAUAAGAUUGAAAACAAAAUGUUGUGUGGGUGUGAAAGAGUAGAACAUUGUUUGUUUAAAUCAGUUUUUUGUUAUUUCUUUAUGUAACUACUGGACUCAUAGGUGGUUGUGUUCUAUGUUAUUUGUUUUCCCAUUUUCUAUUUGAAGUAAC